AUGGAUUUGCUUCCAGGUCCCCGACCGGCCUGGGAUCUGACUUCGCAUGACCUGCUUCACAUGACCUACUUGCAGAAGGCCCAUGUCUUCACAUACGACCGCUGCUGCCGGGUACCAUUCACAGAGAUCAGCCAAAUGUUGCUCUCGCGCUGGCCGGCCCUGGCGCGCGCACAGGAACGCUGGCCGGCGCGGCUCAAGAGCACGCGCAGGGGCCGCUGGAGGUGGCGUGCCCUUGCCGAUUUGGCUGCGCAGCAGCUGGAACGCGCUGGGAGAAAGGUCAACGAUGGAGACUUCAUCUCCGCCGUGGCCGAGCUUUUGGUCUUCUACACCUGGCGCCUCCGCGCGAACCGCGCCGCAGCUUCGAGGGACUUCGACCGCUCCAGUCGAACAGUGGAGCUGCGAACCUGGAGACGGCUUCGGAGGGCCAUGGAGGCUCAAAGGGCGGGGCCUUUUGAGGCUUGCGCAUGUGCAGGGAAAGGCUAUGACAUGCUCAUGGCUAUGAGGGACAACAUCAAGAGGCUCUGGCUGCACCAUGCCAAUUUCUCCAAGUUUCUCACCACUCCAUCUGAGCCUGCGCACUAUCUUUCGAUCCUCCAAUCCUGUGCGAAUGAAGAGGUCUCCGCGCACGCACUGGUCUAUUUCCAGCAGACCUCCCUCCAGACGAACUGUGUCUCCGGGGACGUGGCGAGCAACAUCGCAGUGGCACAAGCAUGCAUUCUGCAGGGCCGCUGGGAUCGUGCAGCCGAUUUGCUCUUGUUGGCCUUUGCGUUGGUCGUCUUGGCACCUUGGAGGGAUUGUUUGAGCUUGAGUUUCUGGGACAUCACUGCUGAUGAUGUGGUCUACAACGCUGCACGCUUGGCCAGCAUGAGCAGCAAUAAUGCCAAGCAGCGGCCGCAUUUGGAUGCACCUGCCGCAGUGCAGCUCCUCGCCUGGCGUCGCCCAGAAGGCACGGCACUGCUGCCACGGCACCUGACACGGCGCGCCCAGUGUUUUGGGCCGGCACGGCUGAAGCAGGGGGUGUGUUUGAACGCUGGAAAGAUUCUUGUUCCUCAAUGGUUUGGAAGCGCUGUAAGGGCGGCCUUGUGUACGGAGUUUGGGGCUUUAGAUGGAGAAUCCUUGGUCCAAGAGAUCGACUGGAACCAAUGGAUCUCGCGGCGCACCUGGAGCUCGACCUCGGACGCGGAGCUGGUGCCGACGGAGCCUACGACAGCGGAGUGUUCGGAUGUUCCGGUUUCAUCCGAGCCAAGAGGCUUUUCAUCCCGUGAAAACCAAAUAAAUAAAACUGAUAGCUGA